GAGAGCACGACCGAAGACCGCCUUCUCUGCUCUCAACGUUUCCCCUCCUCUUGGGAUCUCCUUCCCUAACUCUUUCUCGCCUCGCUGGAGGAUGCGAUUCGCCGCCUUCUUCCUCGACGGCGCCGCCCGCGCCUACCGCCACCGCCCCACCUUCUCCAAGCUCGUCCUCGUCUUCGCCGCCAGUGGUGGGGGUCUCGUAGCGUAUGCUGACGCAAGAGCAGAAGUUGCUGCCGAGUCGCCGGGCGUUGCUCCCAAGAAGAAGGUGGUGGUGCUUGGAACUGGCUGGGCUGGCACUACUUUCGUGAAGAAUAUUGAUAGCUCCUCGUACGAUGUGCAAGUGAUAUCGCCUCGGAACUACUUUGCAUUCACGCCUUUGCUGCCGAGCGUGACAUGCGGGACGGUGGAACCCCGCAGCAUCGUCGAACCGAUACGCAAGAUCAUAACAAAGAAAGGUGGAGAAAUUAAAUUCUGGGAAGCUGAGUGCUUCAAGAUUGAUCCAGAGAACAAGAAGGUAUACUGCAGGAGCGAUAUCGGAACAAAUUUGGAGGGAAAUGGUGAAUUUCUUGUUGAUUACGACUACUUGGUGAUAGCGGUUGGAGCAAGGGCAAAUACAUUCAACACCCCUGGUGUGGUGGAACAUUGUCAUUUCUUGAAGGAAGUUGAGGAUGCUCAAAAGAUUCGUAGAAGUGUGAUGGACUGUUUUGAAAGGGCCACUCUUCCAGACCUCGAUGAAGAAGAGAGGAAGAGAACUCUUCAUUUUGUUGUUGUUGGUGGUGGUCCAACUGGUGUUGAAUUUGCAGCAGAGUUGCAUGACUUUGUCUCUGAAGAUUUGGCUAAGUUAUACCCGACCAUUCAGGACCUAGUGAAGAUAACAGUCAUUGAACAUGGAGAGCACAUCUUGACCAUGUUUGACAAAAGGAUCAGUAAAUUUGCUGAAGAGAAGUUUCAAAGAGAUGGAAUUGAACUAAAAACAGGAUUUAAGGUUGUGAAGGUGUCUGAUAAAACAAUUACUAUGGAGAACGCAUUGCAUGGAGAGAGUUCUGUACCAUAUGGAAUGGCUGUUUGGUCAACUGGUAUUGGAACUCGUCCUGUCAUAUUGGAUUUCAUGAAACAAAUUGGUCAGGGUAAUAGGCGUGCAUUAGCUACUGAUGAAUGGCUGAGAGUCCGUGAGUGUGAAAAUGUUUGUGCUAUCGGUGACUGUGCUACAAUGAGCCAAAGAAAAGUCAUGGAAGAUAUCAUGGAAAUCUUUAGAUUUGCGGACAAAGAUAAUUCAGGAACUUUAACUGUGAAAGAGAUCCAAGAUGUUCUAGAAGAUAUUUGCAUAAGGUAUCCUCAAGUUGAACUCUAUCUGAAAAACAAGCAAAUGAGUGACAUAGUUGAUUUGAUAAAGGCUUCAAAAGGUGAUGUUAAGAAGGAAGCUUUAGAACUUAACAUAGAAGAGUUCAAAAAUGCUCUUGCUAAUGUGGAUUCGCUGGUCAAAAAUCUUCCUGCAACAGCUCAGGUUGCUGCACAACAAGGGAACUAUCUUGCUAGAUGUUUUAACAGAAUGAAGGAUUCUGAAGAGAAACCAGAAGGUCCACAGCGGAUAACAAAAAUGGGCCGUCAUCGCUUUCUUCCCUUUAGCUAUAAGCAUUUUGGGCAAUUUGCUCCUUUGGGCGGAGAACAAACAGCCGCACAACUCCCAGGAGAUUGGAUCUCUAUUGGACAUAGUACCCAAUGGCUCUGGUACUCAAUAUAUGCAAGCAAGCAAGUCAGCUGGCGCACAAGGGCACUGGUAAUAUCCGACUGGACGAGGCGAUUCAUAUUUGGGAGGGACUCGAGCCGCAUAUAGAGCUCAGCAACAAAACUUGCACACUGCUUGUUGUAAACAAAGUUUGUGUUGGAUUUUUGGUAACUCAUGCUUCAUCAUUCCAUGAGCUAUUUUACCUUAUUGUUACUUACACAUUGAUCACCUCCUUUUCACUGAAUCAUAAUCAAUAAAGCUCUUUUAAGAUUUGAGUACA